ACAAAUGUAACAUGAGCACAGUCAGAGUCUGACUACGCUAUCAAACUGAUUCCAUCAGCGAAAAAUCGUCACACCAAAAUUAACUUCGCAAACUCAAGGGUUGCGAUUAAUUGCGCGGAUUGUAAGCAGCACGUAUCCAAUUUAGACUACUUCACGACUUCUAAGGAUCAACAGCAAACAUGUUUGCACGACCACUACAAAGCAACGCCACAAACCCACACGAAAAACAACAGCAAGCAGCGACGGCGAACACUCCUCACCAGUAUGCGAUCUCCGAUUAUGGCUACGGCAAGGAUUGUGUUAAGGUCUUGCAUGUUAAGAGGAAUGGGCCAGUGCACUCGAUAAAGGAAUUCGAAGUUGGCACACAUUUGAAGCUGUACAGCCAAAAGGAUUACUUUCAUGGUGAUAACUCAGAUAUUGUGGCUACCGAUUCGCAGAAGAACACCGUGUACUUGCUAGCUAAGAAGCAUGGUAUUGAAAAUCCAGAAAAAUUUGCAUUGUUGCUCGCCAAUCACUUCCUCAACAAGUACUCACAUGUUGCCGAGGCGCAUGUACAUGUCGAGGAGUAUCCUUGGGAACGCAUUGCGCAAGAGGACAGCGGCAUCUGUGAUGACAAUUACACGUCGAUAAAUAAUCGUCAUCGUCACAAUCAUGCCUUCAUCUUUACACCGAUAGCACAGCGCUACUGUGAUGUCGUGCUGAAACGCAGCGAUCCCAAACAGACUGUCAUUAGCGGCAUUAAAGGUCUACGUGUACUCAAGACAACGCAGUCGUCGUUUGUGAACUUCGUCAACGACGAGUUUCGUACAUUACCCGAUCAAUAUGAUCGUCUCUUCAGCACUGUCGUCGACUGCAGUUGGGAAUAUUCCAAUAUUAAUGAUGUGAAAUUCUGUCAGACUUGGAAUACAGUGAAGAACAUCAUAAUCAGAAAUUUUGCUGGUGAUCCAAAUGUGGGUAUCUCGUCGGUGUCCGUGCAAAAUACGCUAUAUCUCUCUGAGAAGGAGGUACUCGAUGUUAUACCGCAAGUGUCAGUCAUUUCAAUGACUUUGCCCAACAAACACUACUUUAAUUUUGAUACGAAACCAUUCCAAAGCGUUGUACCAGGUGAUAAUAAUGAGGUCUUUAUACCAACCGAUAAACCACAUGGCACCAUCUAUGCGCAGUUGGCCAGAAAGGAUCUUAAAAGUCAUUUGUGAAAAUUGUUAAAGUAUUGUAUCACUUUUUUAGUUGUUGUAUUUACUAAUAUUAUUAUAAUCAUACAAUUAUUUCAAAAUAAAUAUAUGUAUGUACAUA